GGUCGCCGCCUCCUCCCUCCCAUCCUCCUGCCAUCCCCAAUCUCCACAUUGCACUGCACGGGCUCCUAUGUCAUGGCACUCACUGCUGCAGCCACACUAUCUGUCUGGGAUGUUCACAGACAGGUGGUUGUGGUAAAAGAAGAGUCUCUACACUCCAUCUUGGCAGGAAGUGAUAUGACAGUGUCACAGAUCUUGCUGACACAGCACGGAAUCCCAGUGAUGAACCUGUCUGAUGGGAAGGCAUAUUGCUUUAAUCCAUCACUUUCUACAUGGAACCUGGUUUCUGACAAGCAGGACUCCCUGGCCCAGUGUGCAGACUUCAGGAGCAGCCUGCCUCCCCAGGACGCCAUGCUGUGCUCGGGACCCUUAGCCAUAGUCCAGGGCCGUGCCUCCACUUCAGGGAGGCAGGCAGCCCGGCUUUUCUCCGUGCCUCACGUGGUGCAGCAGGAAACCACCCUGGCCUACCUGGAGAACCAGGUCGCGGCGGCACUCACCCUGCAGUCCAGCCAUGAGUACCGCCAUUGGCUCCUCCUCUACGCACGGUACCUCGUCAACGAAGGUGAGGUUCCUGGUGGCUCCUCCAUCCCCCUAGGCCCGGCUUAAUCCCUGUCCCAACACAACCCUUCUGAGAGCCCGUGAAUCAGGGCAGAGGUGCAGUGGCCUCUCUGCACUCUCUUUCCUCCCAGUCUCCCAUGGUCACCCCAGAGGCCCUGGUCUCUGGCUCCCCUGUGAGCAUGGUGGCCCCUCAGCGCCCCCAUCUCCCAGCCUGAGCUGUGAUCAGGGCAGCUCAGCAGGCGUCCAGCCCCAUUACAGGCUCCGAGCCCCUGAAUAGAGUAUUUCCUGAGGGCCAGGAGGAUAGGCAGCGAGAGGGGAUGGGGGCAGAGGACUCCUGGGAAGACAUGCAAAUGCAGUGUUCAGACUUCUGCUCUCCAUCACACCCUUGGAGCAUCAGUGGUCAGCAAGCUGCUCACCCCAGGGGAGGGUGUCUUCUUGCAACAUUCAGUAUGCCUGCAUUCCUCUUCCUUUUCUGAGCCCCCUCCUGCCCUGGAAGGGCCAUCCUGCUGUCCAGCACCAUCGUGUCCCUCCAGCCCAGCUUUCCCUGCCAGGGCUGUCUCAGCACCUGUGUCCGCUCCACAGUGUAUACCCCUGUUGGUCAGCAGAAAACAAGGUGUGUUGCAAGA